GGUAAAUAAUAUUUUGUCUUUAUUUUAAGCCUAGAAUUUAUCUAGGAUUUUAAGGGGUAAUUUGGAUUUUCUAGCCAUGUCUAAUAAACGAAAGCCUGAGUCUCAGGUGCCCCAAGAAGAAAGUGAUCUGUUAAUUAUAAAGCCACUUGGGGCUGGUCAAGAAGUCGGUAGAUCAUGUAUUAUGUUGGAGUUUAAAGGAAAGAAAAUAAUGUUGGAUUGUGGAAUACAUCCUGGUUUAUCUGGGAUGGAUGCUUUACCAUUUGUGGAUUUAAUCGAAGCAGAUGAAAUAGAUUUGCUGUUAAUUUCACAUUUUCAUUUGGAUCAUUGUGGAGCUUUACCAUGGUUUUUAUUAAAAACUAGUUUUAAAGGCCGUUGUUUUAUGACACAUGCUACAAAGGCUAUUUAUAGGUGGUUACUUUCUGAUUACAUCAAAGUUAGUAAUAUAGCCACUGAACAAAUGCUUUAUACUGAAGCAGAUUUGGAAGCAAGUAUGGAUAAAAUUGAAACCAUUAAUUUUCAUGAGGAGAAAGAUGUUUUGGGGAUCAAAUUCUGGGCUUAUAAUGCAGGACAUGUUCUGGGAGCUGCAAUGUUUAUGAUUGAAAUUGCUGGGGUUAAGAUUUUAUAUACAGGAGAUUUUUCAAGACAAGAGGACAGACAUUUGAUGGCAGCUGAAAUACCAACUGUCCACCCGGAUGUUUUAAUAACAGAAUCGACAUAUGGAACUCACAUUCACGAAAAACGUGAAGAUCGUGAAAGCAGAUUUACAAAUUUAGUUCAUGAUAUUGUCAACAGAGGCGGGAGAUGUUUAAUACCGGUAUUCGCAUUGGGAAGAGCCCAGGAAUUGCUACUAAUAUUAGAUGAAUAUUGGAGUCAGCACCCAGAAUUACAUGAUAUACCCAUAUAUUAUGCUUCUUCAUUGGCAAAAAAAUGUAUGGCAGUUUAUCAGACUUACAUAAAUGCAAUGAAUGAUAAAAUUAAAAGACAAAUAGCUGUAAAUAAUCCGUUUGUUUUCAAGCACAUCUCUAACUUAAAGGGAAUUGAUCACUUUGAAGACAUAGGGCCAUGCGUCAUCAUGGCUUCACCCGGUAUGAUGCAGAGCGGACUAUCCAGAGAACUAUUCGAAUCUUGGUGCACUGAGUCAAAAAACGGUGUCAUCAUUGCCGGUUACUGCGUUGAGGGCACCUUGGCAAAAACCGUCCUAUCCGAACCAGAAGAAAUUACGACUAUGUUGGGGCAAAAGUUACCCUUAAAAAUGUCCGUUGAUUAUAUUUCAUUUUCCGCGCAUACUGAUUAUCAACAGACCAGUGAAUUUAUCAGGAUUUUAAAGCCGCCACAUGUUGUAUUGGUUCAUGGCGAGCAAAACGAGAUGAGCCGUUUGAAAGCGGCCCUCCAAAGGGAAUACGAAGACGACCCGAACACAACAAUUAAUUUGCAUAACCCCCGAAACACGCACUCGGUAGAACUGUACUUUAGAGGAGAAAAAACCGCCAAAGUCAUGGGCUCAUUGGCUGUUGAAGGCCCCAAGGCCGGAAAAACCCUUUCCGGUAUCCUUGUGAAGAGGAACUUCAACUACCACAUCUUGUCUGCAGAUGACCUGUCAAAAUACACCGACAUGAGUAUGAGCCAAAUAAUGCAAAGACAGAGUCUUCAUUACCAAGGCAACAUGGGUGUUUUAAGGCACAUGAUCACCCAGGUGGCUGGAUUGUUGGAACCAAUCGAUGGGGAUAAAAAAAUGAAGGCGUUUAACGCGGUCGAAAUAACUAUUGAACCGAAAAUUAUUACCUUGGAGUGGGAAGCUAAUCCAGUAAAUGAUAUGUAUGCUGAUGCAAUUGUAUCAGCUGUUCUUCAAGCAGAUUUAUUGGACAUUCCUAUUAAAAACAUGUAUACAAGUGUUAAAGUGGAUAGAAUGCAUUUUAAGGAAUGUUUAAUCGAAAUGCUUCAAGAAAUGUUUGGUGAAGAUUCUGUACCCAAAAUAUUUAAGGGAGAAAAAUUAUAUGUUACUGUGAAUGAUAAAAAAGCAGAUAUUGAUUUAACUAACUUGGAAGUUAAAUGUGCUGGAGAUGAAACAUUCCAACAAAUCGUCCAAACUGCCGUUUCAAAAUUAUACCAGUCCUUGGCCCCCCCUCAAAUUGAAACAACAUAAUUUUUUUGUUAUUGUUGAAAUUUUAAUUUUAAAUAAAAAUUUUUA